AUGCCGGCGAAACUUCGAUACUGGAGCUCGGACACCCGGUCCUCCAAGCCUGACAGGCUCGCCUUCGGUCCCUCCUCGGUCAUCACGUUCAGCAUUCUCUCGGUCCUCGAAGUAAAGCCAGAAAGCAGCAGGGAAGGCGAAGCAGGUGGAAGGCGAACCCUGCGACGACGGGGUCUGCCUCGGAGCAUGGCCGAAGCGUGGUGCCCGAGGACCCGGGCGUUCCUAAGAGAGAGUGCUGAUACUUGUCUGAGACAACAGCCAGGUGAGAGAAGAACUUCCCAGACGGUCUCGUUCUCAGCUGUGUCGACAGCUAUAUGCAGCAGUGUUUCUUUACAGUGGAUAAGGACUUGUGCCAAUUCAAAGGCAGGCAGAGGCUUCCAGCCACAGGAUUCUCAGGCAUCCGUCUCUGCGGUUCUUGGAAAAAGUUGUUCCUUUAGCAUCUUUUUCCUCCAGGGUCAUCCGAGCCCGACAGGCUCGCCUGGGGUCCCUCCUCGGUCAUCACGUUCAGCAUUCUCUCGGUCCUCAUUGAGGACUUUCUUGUCUCAAUGCGGAGGGAUUGACCUUCUGGCAGUGCGCCGCAUCCCAGAUGAUGGGGUCCCCCUGAGAAGGAAGUAUAGCCGGAUAGCAGCAGGGAAGGCGAAGCAGGUGGAAGGUGAUCUACUUGCAAGAUAUCCCAGCCAAGGAUACUGGAGGACAGGAUUUGGCGUUGCCCCGAGCACGGCAAGGAGCAGAGAUGAGCAGCCUCUCGACGUCGUCGUGGAUUUUUUCGUCCGAGGAACCGGCCUUCGCAUCCGCAGCUAUCGCCACGUUCACCCGGCAGACAUCGCCUGCGACUGCCUUGUCUCUGAUGCCUGUUUUCUGAGGAUCUACCGUUUGAUGUUGAGAAGCAGCAGUGAGAAGAUAUCUCAGGGCAUUUUGUUCAGCAGAGUGUUUCAAAUAAGG